GGGCUGCGGUGUGUGGCUGGACACGGCCGGGGUGAAGCGCGGCGCGGAGCAGCCCCUCGGAGCCAACCCCACAGCACCUCUGCGGGUCCUGGCAAGGAGAUGCCGCUCCGCUGCUUCCACACAGAGCAGAGGCUCUCUGCCGCGCACGAAGCAAACCAGGAUCUCGUCCUUCUUCAGCAGAACAGAUGAAACAGACAAGGAAAACUGCAGGCCGCCUCCCUCCGUCCCGCAUAAGGACUGGAAAGGAAAAGGUAUUUCUGUGGCUGCCUGCCCUGUGAAGAUCUUGGCUUUGCCGCGGAUGGAAGGAGCCCAGCACCAACCACCCUUCCGAGGCGAGGAGGGGACAGCACCGGUUACAGCCCAGUGUUGUGCAGAUCCUGUCACAGAGCCACAGGUGGAGGCCUCCAGUGGGGCAGGAGAGGGUCGCUGCUGCUCCAGCCUCGUGCGCUGUUCAGAGGGCACCCAGCUCAUCCCUCACACACACAAGGCCCAGUUGGUGGCUGGAGAAGCAGCUUCGUCCAGCAGCAGCAGGGGAUGCAAACCAGAGAGCCAGGAACCCCCUGAGGAGGCAAAGGCCGGGCUUGACUUCCACUGGAGACUUGGUGCAGAGCAGAAUAAGAAAGCACAGCAAGGGAGCAGUGUUAAUGCUUUAAGUGAUUUUACUGGGAACAGAAACCCCGCUGUCAUGAGCAGCAGGACCGGGGCUCCCGGCUUUCAUCCGGCUCUGCAGGGACCAGGUAGAGCGUGGCCCCUGCGAGAGCGCAGCCAGAACACGGGUGCUGCUUCAGCCGAGGCGGGGUGGGACAGUCCCUGCAGGGAGCUCUUCACCCAGGACUCGGAGGGGAACAGGGUAAUCGCUCACUGGGAGGUCCCAUCUCCAUGCAGGCAGCUCCCCUGCUCUCCCUCCAGGGGCUGUUCCAGCAGCGCUGCAGGAUGGAGCUGGAGCGAAGGGGAGCAGGAGCCGGAGCUGUGCUAUGAGCUGCUGUUCACGCAGGAUUCGGCGGGGGGCAGAGUGAUCAAGCACUGACACGAGCCCUGGAACGGGUUGGGCAGCCUCUGGAAAGCGUUUUGUUUGUCAGCACUGGGCUGGUGUCCCUGCUGCUCCUGUAAGUGUGGCUUAGGCAGCACCUGCAGCAGCCCCGUGCAUCAGGCAGGACCCCUCUGUGCACAUGCUUUAAUAAAGGUAGAACUUGGAAGCAC